CUUGUCUUGUUUCCAUCAUCGUCGGUCGGAUCGGUCACGUCAACACACGCGCUCGAUUGAACCAUAACUUUCGAAAGCAGACCGCAAAACAGCCACAUACAGUCCGACGGAGCAUCAAAUAUGGUGAAACCUCUCACCUUUAAGGGCGACAAAAAGGCCAAAAAGAGAAAACGCACAACAACCGACCAAAACGACGAUGACGUUCCAGAACGGCAAAAGAAGCAAUUCAAAGCAUCAGCCACCAGUUCCGAUAUCACCACUACUGCCGCCACCGCUUCCAAUGAAGAAAUAGAAGGCGAGGAACACGACGACAGCUGGGUAUCUGCCGACACGCCCUCCGACGUAUCUGGUCCCAUCAUGUUCGUCCUCCCGACCGAGCCUCCGACUGCGCUCGCCUGCGACGUCACGGGCAAGGUGUUUACUUUGCCCAUCGAGAAUAUUGUGGACGGCAACCCGGCGACGGCGGAACCGCACGAUGUGAGGCAGGUGUGGGUGGCGAAUAAGAUUGUGGGAACAGAGAAUCAUAGGUUUAAAGGGCAUCAUGGGAAGUACCUAAGCUGCGACAAAAUUGGUCUCUUCACCGCUAACUCCGAUGCCAUCACCUCCCUCGAAUCCUUCACCAUAAUCCCGACCUUCGACACACCUGGCACCUUCCAAAUCCAAACUUUACGGGACACAUUCUUAACAGUCCGCGCAUCGAAUUCAUCAAAAGCUAACGCGGCACCUGAGGUGCGCGGCGAUGCGACAGAGAUCUCGUUCGAUUCCACGCUGCGAAUCCGGAUGCAGGCGCGGUUCAAGCCGCGGAUCAAGGCGUCGAAGGAGGAGAAGGCGCGGGAGAAGAUUAGCCGGCGCGAGCUAGAGGAGGCCGUGGGGAGGAGAUUGGAGGAGGACGAAGUGAAGAAAUUGAAGAGGGCGAGGAGGGAGGGUAAUUAUCAUGAGGUCAUGUUAGAUUUGAAAGUGAAGGGAAAACACGACAAGUAUGGUUAAGGGAGCAGGCAGAGGUGAAGAGAGACGGGGCCUGCUGGCCACGCGCGUGCGGGGGGGGUUUUAAACCUACCUCUACGAUGGUAUGAGACUUUACACGAUACCCAAGAAAAUGUGACUUAGAUCUCAAUAGAUGGAACUCAUUGGUUGGA